AAAACAAUAUGCUUACCAUAUGAAAGAGUAAAAAAGAGAAGUCCACAAAGCGAGAGAGGAGGUGGAGAAACGCUCUUCCUUGAAAACAGAGUGUGUGAGAAGAGGAAGGGAGGGCAGAGGAUCUUUACAGUCAGGCACAUGCUCACACAGAUAUAGUACAUACAGACCUAUACAAACCCAUGCAUUCUAAUGGGCAUGCAACGUGUUAAGAGACCUGAGACGCAGCAGUUCCUGUCUUGUUUUUAGGGGCAGUAGAAUACAGAGUGUAAAGUGACAGUAGUAGUUAGACCUCUGACACUCGUCUGGUCUAUAUACACACAGAAACAAAUAUACCCAUACUCUGUUUUUGGUGUCAGAGUUUUGGAGUUAUGAGUGACUUCAGGAUGACUAAGAGUGGCCAUGUGUUCCUCAGUCCUUCGGCUAUUACAUGGGGCCAGAGGAGACGACACAGUGAUGGCAGCAGAAUGGACGAGCAGAGAUGCACCUUCCCUCCACCCCUCAAAACAGAGGAGGACUAUAUCCCUUACCCCAGCGUUCACGAGGUCCUGGGUCGUAGGAGCCCCUUCCCCCUAAUCCUGCUGCCUCAAUUCGGAGGCUACUGGAUCGAGGGGACCAAUCACAAACCCAGUGCCACACCUGAGCCUGAGCAGAAGCCAUGUGCUGCCUCCCACAUCAAGCUGGAGACCAACAGCACGGCCAAGAUCUACAGGAAACAGUUCAUGGGCAAGGAACACUUUAAUUACUACUCCAUGGACAUUGGCCUGGGCCACCUGGUCUUCUCCAUGAAGUAUGAUGUCAUCGGGGACCAGGAGCAUCUCUGCUUGCUGCUAAGGACCAAAUUAAAAACUCACCAUGAUGUGAUUCCUAUCUCCUGCCUGACUGAGUUCCCCAACGUGGUCCAGAUGGCCAAGCUGGUGUUUGAAGAGGUAAAUGUGGACAGAUUUUACCCAGUCCUCUACCCAAAGGCUUCAAGGCUCAUUGUCACCUUUGAUGAGCAUGUCAUCAGCAACAAAUUCAAGUUUGGAGUCAUUUAUCAGAAGUUUGGCCAGACCACCGAGGAGGAGCUAUUUGGGAACAGCGACGAGAGUCCUGCUUUUGUAGAGUUCUUGGAGUUUCUGGGGGACAAGAUUGAGCUCCAUGACUUUAAAGGCUUCAGAGGAGGACUGGACGUCACCCACGGCCAGACAGGAACAGAGUCUGUCUACACUAACUUUCACAACAAGGAGAUCAUGUUCCACGUGUCCACCAAGCUGCCAUACACAGAGGGAGACUCUCAGCAGUUGCAGAGGAAGAGGCACAUAGGCAACGACAUCGUGGCCAUCUUGUUUCAGGAGGAAAACACACCCUUUGUGCCAGACAUGAUAGCCUCCAACUUCCUGCAUGCCUACGUGGUGGUGCAGGUGGAGAAUGCCUGCUCAGACAACGUCACGUACAAGGUGUCUGUGACAGCGAGAGAUGAUGUGCCUUUCUUUGGACCCGCUCUACCGGACCCAGCCAUCUUUAAAAAGGGGCAUGAGUUCCAUGAGUUCCUGUUCACUAAGCUGAUCAAUGCGGAGUAUGCCUGUUACAAGGCUGAGAAGUUUGCAAAACUGGAGGAGCGCACGCGGUCGGCCCUGUUGGAGACCCUGUAUGAAGAGCUACACAUCAACAGCCAGUCCAUGAUGGGCCUGGGAGGGGACGAGGACAAACUGGAGAAUGGGGCUGGGGGGGGAGGGGGCUUCUUUGAGUCCUUUAAGCGGGUGAUCCGCAGCAGAAGCCAGUCUAUGGAUGCCAUGGGCCUCAGUAACAAGAAGCCACACACUGUCUCCACUAGUCUCAGUAGCAGCUUUACCGAGACCCCCAAAACCCCAGGGAUAUCUCUGAUCAUUCCUGGGAAGAGCCCCACCAGGAAGAAGUCUGGGCCCUUCAGUGCAAGACGGAGCAGCGCCAUCGGGAUCGAGAACAUCCAGGAGGUGCAGGAGAGGAGUCGGGAAGUGUCCCCCAGCACACAGAGGACUCCAGACAGUGGACAGAUCUCCCAGGACCCUAAGUCAGAGAACUCAUCUAAUCAGAGCUCACCAGAGAUGCCCACAACAAAGAACAGUUUGGCCAUGUGUUGCAGGGCCCCGUCUAUCCCUGAAGCCCAGGACCUGUCCCGCUCCUCGUCCAACGCCAGCAGCUUUGCCAGCGUGGUGGAGGAACACGAUAACGAGGGCAUCGAAGAGUACGACCCAGGACUGGAGAGCCUGUCCUUUUCUGGAACAUCACACAAGAGGGACUCAUUUGCGUAUGUCUCCUGGGUAGAGGAUAGUGUGAGCAGUACUAGUGCCGCCAGCCAGGGCAGCUCUCCAGCACCUGCACGGUCCCAGCAGCCUGAGGGGGGCAAAGGGGAAGAGCUCAAAAAGGCGGAGAGCCGAGACAAGACAGAGCGGUCAUCAUCGCAUUCCCAUAAGAGGCACCCCCUGCAGGAGAUGAAGCAAGCGCACGUGUGUUCCACCACAGAUGCAGAGGAGGAGCAGAGCUAGUCGCUGGGACAGACAGACAGACCUGGUGAAGGCUAGUCCAGUCUGAACAGCCAGGUCCAUGGACAUGCACUUAUAGCCUUCCCUCAUCCCAACUCUUUGUGGCUGACUCCCAGCAUGCCUAGAGGGGUGAAGGAGAGGAUCGGCCCGCACCCAUUCCCAAAAGGAGUGCCACUCACACAGUAUCGCUUCUGGCUGUUGUCUGUUGGCUCGCUUAGCCUGCAUAUAUUUCUGCUCCGUGAGCUCUGUGAAAUUAGAAUCUGUUCAUGUGGUAACUCAUAGUAUACUCUCCCUUGUCCUCUCUAUGGCAUUGUUUUUGUUUUGGUUCGGAGGUGGAGGGAGGGAUGGAUCUUAAGCAUUAGACAGAUUGGUGUUGCAGGAGAUCUGUUGAUCAUGCAUCGGGGGAAGUUUUCUGUUAGGCUAAAAAGGAAUGCAUGAGGAGGAUAAGAGGGUGUUGUCCUGUUGACAAUGUUGUCAUUGUUGGAAGAACUGAUAUUAUUGCUCCCAUCAACCUCACAUCCCACCAUGAUACUGUACAUUUGUUACUCUUGGUGUCCCGGAUCCUUUGAUGUCACACCAAGCCUUGUGUUUUAUUAAUGGUCAAUUAAGAGUGUAAUGGUGGAUGUUGACUAGAAACUUUUAGUAAAUGUUACAUGUUUUUGAUAGAAGGUACUUUUAUCAUCAUGCUGCUGCUGGUUUUGAUUCCAUUAUUCAUUUCCCCUGACAAACUGUACAAUUGCAGUUCACAGGUUAUGUUGAUGAAUGGACAAUAUUUUACUGACUCCAUAAUUAUAGUCAACGUAUUUCAGGCCAUUUAAAGGGGUAAUCUGCAGUUCAAACAAUAACAAUGUCUUUACACCGCCACUGUAUCGAUAACCAGCUGAGUGAUGGGGCUGGAUAAAAGUAACCACUCUCAAAUUCCUAGAUAGUGCUAUGGAUGCAAGGACUGACCAUCCAUGAUAGCAAAAGUAUAGUUUUAACCAUGUUGAGGCUAUAUAGUGUUUGUUUACAGUUACCUUGUUUACUAACAAAUGAGUAAAACGCGCUUAUGUUUUGGGGUUUUGAUGGGGUACGACAGUUGAACUAAGCGCAUGAAGCAUUUAUAAGUAAUAGUCUUCAAGAAUCAAUGGGUAUAUAUAAUUAAUUUAAAUGUAAAAAAAUCUAUGUAGCAAUCGCAGAUUGCCCCUAUAAACUGAGGAAAAAAACAUGAAAUAUUGAAUUACUGAUAAAGUCUGGUGUCCAAACUAAAUUACUCAUCAGUAUUCAUCACUGUCCCAUACUGUAGAUAGUACCACACAGUCAGACAUUCCUCCAAGGUGACCUAACCAAAGCACACAGCCUCCAAAGCCAAGCUACUGUCCAGUAACUACUGUCUUCAGUUUACUUUUUUAAAACCUCUAGUUUGAUUUAAAGUAUGUGUUUGGAUGUGUAUACAUGGUGCAUGGUGUAAAUCUGCUCGCAAAACCAUGUCAACGGUACAGUACCAUGCUGGAAAUAAAUUGUUUCUUCAAACCAGUCAAACUUCUCUAGAAAAGCAGACAGAUAAAGAGUCAUUAUUUCUUUACAUCAGUUUCGAUCGAGAAAUAUGGGGAUACAUAAGUGUAGAUGUGGAAACCGGCACUACAUUUUCAAAGAAUUGCUGACCUUUUGAAAAUCUAACUUGGUUUUUAAAAAGAAUUACACUGUGACAAGUCUUGAAGUUGCCUUUUUAAUGAUUGUGUUAAGUAAGUUGCUUUGUAGGAGGGUAUCCCCCUUCAUAUAAGGAAUCAAUCCCAUGGGGGAUAUCACCAACUGGAAUCUAUCACCAACUG